UCGGAAUUUUAGUCUAUUAUCGUUAAGAGUCCGCGUCAGACAUCGAAUAGUGUUCUUAGCUUAAGAAUCGUCUUACCUUUUCACGCUUCGAUGAAAACCUAGUGUAGAACAGGGAUAGAAAGUGUUUUUUUUUUAUUAUGUCUUUAUUUUUCUUGGUCAGUUUGUUAGGAUGUUUCGGUGUACAUUUAACGCAGUGUUACGAAGUGCCACCGGCAAAAUUGGAAGCAAUUUUUCCUAAGGGCUUGCGAGUAUCCAUUCCAGAUGAUGGAUUCACCCUCUUCGCUUUCCAUGGAAAGCUCAACGAAGAAAUGGAGGGGUUGGAGGCUGGAGAAUGGUCAAGAGAUAUAACUAAAGCUAAAAACGGAUUAUGGACCUUCAGAGACAGGGAUGUGCACUUGAAAAUUGGUGAUAAAAUUUACUUUUGGACGUUUGUCAUCAAGGAAGGCAAGGGAUAUAGACAGGACAACGGCGAAUGGACUGUUACAGGUUACGUCAACGAAGCUGGCGAACCUGUAACCUCAGGAGGUAAAUAUACACCAGGUAGAAUUUCAGAUUCAAUUAUAUAUCCAUGUGAAUUGUCAGAAUCUAAAGUGUCUGUACCCGGCUUUGUCUGCAAAGGACAGUUGUUAUUUGAAGACAAUUUCAAUUCUGAUAUCCAUAAAGGAAAAAUAUGGACACCUGAAGUUAAAUUCCCUGGAGAACCAGAUUAUCCAUUCAAUGUUUAUUUAAACGAUAAAAAUAUUGAAGUCAGUGAAGGUAUAUUGAGCAUCAAACCAAAAACACUUGAUUCGAAAUUUGGAGAUGGACAUGUGAGACAGUCUUUAGACCUAACUUACGGAUGCACAGGAAUUAUUGGGACAAGUGAAUGUGCACGUGAAGCAUUUGGCCCACAGAUCCUUCCUCCUAUUAUAACCGGGAAGAUAACUUCGAAGAAAUCUUUUAAUUUUAAAUACGGGCGCAUUGAAGUUAGAGCAAAAAUGCCCCAGGGCAACUGGCUUAUACCAGAAAUCCAGUUGGAGCCUAAGGAGAAUAUUUACGGUCUCCAUAAUUACGCUUCAGGCUUACUCCGUAUUGCAGCCGUCAAGGGUAAUCCUGAAUAUUCGAAGAAGCUAUACGGUGGACCCAUCGUAGAUGGCAGUGAACCAUACAGGUCUAAGCAUUUAAAGGAAAAAAUCGGAUUUCAACAAUGGAGCAAGAGUUUUCAUAAUUACACCUUAGAGUGGAGAAGAGAUGGUAUCUCUCUUUAUGUUGAUGGAGAAAACUACGGUGAAAUUUCUCCACAAGAAGGCUUUUCGCCUGAUGCAAAAGAAAACGGAACAGUCAGUUCUUCAAAGUGGGUAAAAGGAACGAUCAUGGCUCCUUUCGAUGAAAUGUUUUAUAUUUCAUUAGGACUAUCCGUGGGUGGUAUAAAUGAAUUCCCUGAUGAAUCAAACAAGCCUUGGACUAAUAAGUCUACGAAAGCCAUGCUUAACUUCUGGAAUGAGAGGUUUCAGUGGAUUUCAACCUGGGUCGAAAACGAUAUCGCACUUAAAGUCGACUACGUUAGAGUUUAUGCCUUAUAAAUAAUAUUGAAAACAAUAGUUUUUAAAUAUUACACAUAUUCAGUCUUCAAAAAGCGACAUAUCUUGGAUAAUAACCAAGACCCAUAACCAUAGCAAGUUUACAGAAAGGUCUUCUAAAAUUAGUUUGGUCGAACACUACAGUCUAAGAGCUCUAACAGCUGCCACCCGAAUUUCAUAUUCAAAUUUUAUAAUUAAUUUGAUGGAUUUUCAAUUCUGUUAGUAAUAACGUUUCAUAAAGUAUUAAAUAACGGCUAUAAAGGUUAUAUCGACUUAUUUGUAAUCAUAUUAUUAUUAUGAGAUAAAUAUA